AUGACGGAGAACCAUACCCCUUCUACGACGCAGGCGACGUUGCCUGCGCCUGUUGCUGAACCAGCGCCGAUCCAGGCAACUCCGACUCCUUCCGCCUCAGUCACAGCGACUGCUGUCGCCGCAACUGCGGCGGUGAACAACCCUUCCAUGAAUGGCGCCGGUGAGCUACUGCCUUGCCAGUGGGUUGGAUGCACUGAGAAGUCUCCCACUGCCGAGUCUCUAUAUGAGCAUGUUUGUGAGCGUCACGUUGGGCGUAAAAGCACCAACAACCUCAACCUGACCUGCCAGUGGGGCACUUGCAACACCACAACAGUCAAGCGUGAUCACAUCACCUCCCACAUUCGCGUUCAUGUGCCACUUAAACCUCACAAAUGUGACUUCUGCGGCAAGGCUUUCAAGCGCCCGCAGGAUUUGAAGAAGCAUGUCAAGACCCAUGCGGACGACUCCGAGAUUCGCUCCCCCGAACCGAGCAUGAAGCAUCCUGACAUGAUGUUCCCCCAAAACCCUAAGGGUUAUGCUGCUGCAACACAUUACUUCGAGAGCCCGAUCAACGGGAUCAAUGGUCAAUAUUCACAUGCGCCACCUCCUCAGUAUUACCAACCGCACCCCCAACCUCAGGCAGCCACCAACCCGCACUCCUACGGCAAUGUGUACUAUGCCUUGAGCCAAGGACAAGAGGGAGGUCACCCUUAUGACCGUAAGCGAGGAUAUGACGCGUUGAACGAGUUUUUUGGCGACUUGAAGCGCCGCCAGUUCGACCCCAAUUCCUACGCCGCGGUCGGCCAGCGUCUGCUUGGUCUGCAGGCCCUUCAGCUUCCCUUCCUCAGUGGCCCUGUGCCUGAAUAUCAGCAAAUGCCUGCGUCGGUUGCGGUCGGCGGCGGUGGGUACAGCCCUGGUGGCUCUCAACCUCCCGGUUAUCACCUUCCCCCCAUGUCAAAUGUCCGAACUAAGAACGAUCUGAUCAACAUCGAUCAGUUCCUCGAGCAAAUGCAGAAUACUAUCUACGAGAGCGAUGAGAAUGUGGCGGCUGCCGGCGUUGCCCAACCUGGCGCGCAUUACGUGCAUGGUGGCAUGAACUAUCGCGCCACCCACUCCCCACCAAUCCAGCUUCCGCCAAGCCACAUGACCGCAACCACCUCAGCCCCCAUGGGGGCUGCUUCGGCCCAUUCGCCAUCGGUCGGUACCCCAGCUCUGAGCCCGCCUUCUAGCGCACAGUCAUACACCUCCAACCGCUCUCCUAUCUCCAUGCACCACGCUCACCGCGUGUCCCCCCCUCACGAGAGCGGCCCGGGGAUGUACCCUCGCUUGCCAUCGGCCACUGUCGCCGACAGCAUGUCUGCAGGCUAUCCGAACACCUCAGGUGCCGCGCCACCCUCUACUCUGAGCGUUGCGUAUGACCACGACGAUCGUCGCCGCUACACGGGUGGUACUCUGCAACGCGCCCGGCCAGCCGAGCGUGCUUCCCCCGAGGACCGCAUGGACAUCUCCCAUGAUAGCAAGUAUGACGGCGAACGCACUCCCACCAAGGCCGCCUUGCAUAUCUCGGAGAGUCUGAUUGACCCCGCUCUGUCGGGGACCUCGUCGGAUCCCGAUCAGGAGGCAGCCAAGCGCACUGCGCAAGCAGCCACUGAAGUCGCCGAGCGGGAUGUCAACGUUGCCUGGGUUGAAAAGGUCCGUCUGCUUGAGAACCUGCGCCGCUUGGUUUCUGAAUUGCUUGAAGCCGGUACUGCUGAAUAUGAUGCGCACACCUCGUCGGCUUCUCCAACUCCAGGACUUGAUGCCAUGGAAGGAGUCGAGAACACCAAAGAACGCGCUGCUUCUGAGCAGCUUAGGGAAGAGCCCAAGUCUGCAAGCGAGGGGGUCUUUUAUCCCACAUUACGUGGUGUGGAUGAAGACGAGGAUGGGGACUCGAAAAUGCCUGAGUAA